AUGGAAGAUAUUUUAAAUGAGAUAAUUUCAUUAAGUGAAAAAAAAAGAGAAGAAAAAGAAGAAAAGGAAAAAAAAAAAAAAAAAAAAAAUACUUCAAAAGAUGAUGACAAUUAUAAUUUUUGUGAUGCAUCAACUAAUUGUACAGUUGAUGACGAUUUAAAUAUUGAAAAAAUAAAUAUUUUUAGUAAAAUAAUAAAUGAUAAUAAAACAAAUGAAUCAGAUAUGUUUGAAGAUAUUGAAAAGAAUAUAUGUGAAAAUACUCCUCUAUUUCAAAAUGAAAAUACAUUAAACACAUAUUUACUGAAUGUAAAUGAUAUAAAUAUAAAUAUUUCUAAUAUUUAUAAAAAUAUUGAUAAAAUAAAUGUUAUAAAAAAAAAAAUAGAUUUAAAUAUUUAUGAUAAUGAAAAGUUAUAUAAAAAAGUGAAUUUAAUAAUAAAUGAUUCAGAAAAAAUAAUUGAAUAUAUAAAAAUAAAAAUUAAUGACUUAAAUAAGGAAAAUAAUGAAUUUGAAAAAAGUAGCAAUAUGAUUAGUGAAAUUAAAUUACGAAUAAAUAUAUUUAUUGAUGUGGUAAAUAAAUACAAAGGUUGCAUAAAUAAAUAUAAAAAUAUAUGCAAUCAAUAUUACGAAUAUGUGAAUAAAAAUAUAAUUAAACAUUAUAAAUUAAUACAUCCAAACUUAAGUGAUCACAAAAUACAUAAAUUAAUAAAACAAAAUAAUCAUAGUAUAGAAGAUUUCUUAAAUAUGAAUAAAACUUAUCAAAAUAGUGAUAUUUACUCUACUAAUGUAGAACAAAUAGAAAUAGAAAAAAUAAAAGAAAAAUAUAAUGAAUUAAAAAAUCUUGAAAAAAGCAUAUUAUCAUUGAAUGAAUUAUAUAUUGAAUUAGCAUAUGUUAUAAAAAAAAGAAAAAAUGUAAUUAAUAAUAUUGAAAAUAACGUUUUUCAAGUAAGAGAAUAUACUGAAGAUGCUCUCAUAAAUAUAAUUGAAGCAAAAAAAUAUAAUGCAAUGAUUAAACAGAAAAUUUUAUAUUUUAGUAUUUUUCUUUUAAUAGUAGCAUUUAUCAUUUUAUUUCCAAUUUUUUUUAAUUUUACAUUGUUUUAA